GGGACCGGAGAAUUUAUUUUUUUCUAAAAACAUGAAAUCGACAUGGUUCCAGUAGUUUUUAGACUUUUAGACCAUCUAGAUUAACGGGAAUCGCCCUUUAGCAUGCAAACACGACUCAUAACCUAUUCAAAAUGGAAUCGUACAAGAAGCUACCAACCUCGUAUGGCACGUACGGUACUGUGGUCACAACGUCCCCAGUCUCGAAUAGUAUUUUUUUUAUGUAUCGUCUUGAUCUAAUUCCGGUAAAAUGGUUAAUUUCUUCGGUACGAUCGGCUUUUCGUCACAAGCUGCGGUGGAAUCGAAAGCAGUGCGAUGGAUGACAGAUACGAAGAUAGCAAGAGCCACCAAGUUGGCAAUGCCCCGGUUGAUGACGUCGAUUCUACUGCGAACAACAAUCUUGCGACUGCGUCGUCGUCAUCUACGCAAGGAGACAAUGCAAAUGGCAUUGACAUUCGCCAAGCACUCGAGAUCUUGUCCUCCCGCACUCCUCAUGAUCACCACGAAGAUGGUCACGAGAAUGCAAAACACUGCUGUGCGGAUGUAACUAAAAACCCUCCGCCAGAUGUAUUGAGAAAUAUGGGACAAACGAUUGAUAUGUUUGCGCCAUCGACCGGAUCGUCUAUUGAUGCUCCCAAGCCUCCAUCUACUUCGCAAACGACGUCGAGUAACAACCAGGUCGAUCCGUCAGAACGGCGAAAAAAAAUUAGAGACAGUCUUCGGGGUCUUUCAAUAGUUGCUUCACUCAAAAUGCUUUUAACUGCGCAGGAGGACAGAGUUCGAACUUAUCGACUCUAUGACGAGGCCCUCGGUAAAGUGUUGUUGUCGAACCGAUUGACAGACUACCCUCCUGCAUGUGCCGCAGCUACUGCUGCUUUCUCUGUUCUCAGCGAUACUGUCGCAGCUGUUCGAGAUGAAUUAUCCAACCGAAUAGAGCUGCUGUUGAAAAAUAAUGACGGGAAGACUUCUCCAACUUCAUUAGCAUUAUCGAGCAUUAUCGAAUCGAUCAAUAGUCUCCAAUCUUUAGAACGCGAGAAACUGCAGAUCACGGCGGCGUAUCACUUAGAGCAGAUUCGUGCAAAUAACCUGAAGGAAUCCAAAAAUCUCGAUGACAACGAUGACACUAAGGAUUCUCAUGAGCUUUCGCUACUGAACAAAGGGAUCAGCGAUAUGCGUUCUCGAAAUGAAACUUGUAGAUCAAAUAUCAAUGGCAUCAUAGAGGAUUUACGAUGCACCUUGGUUGAACUAAUGGAAGAAGGAGAAGACGAAUAGUAGGUACUGAAAUUAUGGUCUAACUGAAUCAUGGGCUGUUCCAGAACAGGGGAAAUAAUCUAUGUAGCCUCACUGUUAGUUUGUAGAGAUGCAUUAUAUGUGAAGAGAAAUCUAGCAUGGUUUUGACACUGAUUUCGAAUAGUUUUUAUGUCUUAUUAUCAAUGAUACGAUUAAGGGAAAAGUUGAAUUAAGCAUUGAAAACCAAAAAUGGUGAGCCUCUUCUAUUGCAGGGACCCAAUUUUAAAAGCAUGGUUUGCGGCGCGGUGAGUCUCGUCAGAUACGCUCAUAUGCGAAUAAACCCAUCCCGUUUGACAAAUCGGAAGGUUCUCGAUUUGUUAAUCUGUCGGUAUUAGAUGUAACGAAGGUAAGGUUUGAAGUGAAUCCUUUCUUAUUCAAUCAUCAUGGGGGCUGGCUGCUCGCGUUGUAAAUAAAUGACAAUGUUAUUA